AUGCUCAAUUCCAUAAGUGGGAGUCUACGGUCGUGUAUUCUCCACGAAGAAGGCGAAAUUUUGAUACGAAAUGUGAUUGCCAAGCUCAAGGGAUACAUGGAUAACGAGUUGACAGACCACGAUCUCUACGGGAAAGGCUGGGUCCACACUGGCGACUACGGAUAUCUCGAUGAAGACUGCAACGUCGUUGUCGUGGUCGGGGUGCGCAACACAGAACUGCAGGUCGAUGAGCCGAUGGCGUCUGUGGUUUUGAAGGAGCCUGUCCACGGCAAGACGGUGCAGAUAAUCAAGGAGAUUGAGCAUGCUAAAUCGAAGCUAACGGGGUUGAGACGAUUGACCGGAGCAAUGUAUUUCGUCCCGAAGUAUCCCACGACGGGAUUCAAGAUCAACCAGAGGGAGCUGAAGAGUAUGGUUCCUAGCCUUAGAGCUUUGGACGCGAUGAGGGCGACAAUCGUGCAAUGUAGCUGA